AUGGAGGGUCUACUUCGAUGGAAAGCCAGCCUUCAUCGUAGUAAUCGAGUCCAUAACAAUUCCCUGCUACUCCCUUCAUGGACAAUGAUGAUGGCAAACGGAAGCAACAGCAACCCAUGCAAGUGGGAGGGACUUACUUGCAAUGAGUCUGGACUCAUCACCAUUAUAAACCUCUCCAGCAUGGAUUUACAGGGUACGCUCCAUGACUUCAACUUCUUAUCCUUCCCUAAUCUUCUCGACUUUGAUCUCCAUAACAAUUCACUUUUUGGUCCCCUCCCAGCCACCAUUGCCAACCUUUCCAAACUCACCAACCUCUAUCUCUUCACUAACAAUUUCAACGGCUCAAUCCCUCCUGCUUUUGGCUCUCUCAACAACCUGCUUGUUCUAGAUCUUGGUGAUAAUCAACUUUCUGGUUCGAUCCCUUCCACCAUUGGAAGCUUGAAAAAUCUUUUUGGGUUGUAUCUGUACUCAAACCAACUAAUUGGAUCAAUUCCCAUGGAGAUAGGAAACCUGACGAACAUGCAUGAGUUGGUGUUGCAAAAUAACAAUUUAUCAGGCUCCAUCCCUUCUUCUCUGGGCAACUUGAACAAUCUCACUUCUUUUUUGUUGUUCCAGAAUCAGAUAUCUGGAUCCAUCCCACCUGAACUUGGGAAGUUGGGUUAUCUUUCUCAGCUUGAUUUGUCCGGAAACUAUUUGACAGGUUCAAUACCUGCUUCUUUUGGAAAUUUGGGAAGCCUAGUCUUCUUGUACCUCUAUUCAAAUUCACUCUGGUUCCAUCCCUAUGGAGAUUGGAAACCUGACCAUCUUUAUGACCUACAAUUGUCGAAUAACUAUCUGAUAGGUUCCAUCCCUCCAGAAAUUGGAUACUUGAGAUCUCUUGGUCGACUCUAUUUGUCGAGCAAUAUUCUCACCGGCCCACUUCCUGCUUCUCUUGGAAAUUUGACAAAUCUAAAUAGUAUCUUCCUUCUUGAUAAUCAAUUAUCUGGUCAAGUACCUCAGGAAAUCGGCAAUCUUACAAAAUUGCAAUAUUUGCAGCUUGGAAAUAAUUCUUUUAAUGGGUAUUUACCACAAAAUUUAUGCAACCGUGCGUCGCUCAUAAGAAUUUCUGGAAAUGAUAACCAUUUCAUAGGCCCAAUUCCCAAAAGCAUGAGAAACUGCACGAGCCUUACAAGACUUCGCCUUGACAACAACUACCUCACAGGAAACAUAUCAGAAGUCUUUGGUGUUUACCCGAAUUUAACUUACAUUGAUUUGAGCUACAAUCAAUUGUCCGGUGAGGUUUCACAGAAUUGGGGAAAGUGUCUACAGUUGACAAGCCUAAAAAUCUCAGGAAAUAAGAUUUCUGGUCGAAUACCACCUGAGCUUGGAAACUCAACUCAAUUGCAAGGACUAGACCUUUCUUCUAAUCUCCUAGUAGGCCAAAUUCCAAGAGAAAUGGGGAGGCUUCGAUCUUUGCUGACACUAGAUUUGAACGAUAAUCAGCUCUCUGGCACCGUACCAAAGGAUGUGGGAUUCUUCUCCAACCUUCUGUAUCUUGACCUCUCAAUGAACAAUCUAAGGGGAUCACUUGGAAGCUUGAAUAAGCUCACAAAUUUGAAUCUCUCUCAUAACAAGCUAUUUGGUUCCAUUCCAUCUACUUUUUCUGAAAUGCUAAGUUUGAUAACCAUUGAUGUAUCUUACAACGAGUUAGAGGGUCCACUACCUGAUAAUCGAGCCUUUCAAAAAGCUACAAUGGAAGCUUUCGUUCACAACAAAGGCUUGUGCGGCAAUGCCACAGGUUUGCAACCUUGCAUUUCUCCAUCAACCAAAAUGCAAACCCCAAAAGAGAGCCAUAAAUCCUUGAUUCUUAUCAUAUCUCUCUUAGCAGUAUUGCUUUUUCUCCUAUUUGCAUCCCUUGGGACUUUUUUAUUUUUUCGCCGAAGAAUGAAAAGCAUAGAGGAGAAUACAAGUGCAAACCAACAACAUGGAGAUGUGUUUACAAUAUGGAACUUUGAUGGGAGGAUAGCAUACCAAGACAUCAUUGAAGCAACUGAUCAGUUCGACCCCAAGCAUUGCAUUGGCGUGGGAAGACAUGGAAGUGUUUAUAAAGCAGAGUUGUCAUCAGGUCGACUGAUAGCUGUGAAGAAGUUCAACUCUUCUUUAGAGGAAGAGAGUUCUGAUCAAGAAACUUUCAGAAAUGAAAUUCUUGUGAUGACGGAAGUGCGACAUCGAAAUAUUGUGAAGUUGUAUGGUUACUGUUCCCACGUGCGGCACUCAUUUUUGGUUCUUGAAUAUGUGGGGAGAGGAAGUUUGGCUAAGAUCCUAAGCAUGGAAGAAGAAGCAGUAGAAUUGGAUUGGGCGAAAAGGGUCAAUAUUGUUAAAGGUGUUGCCCAGGCCAUAGCUUAUUUGCACCAUGACUGCUCACCUCCAAUAAUUCAUCGAGACAUCUCAAGCAACAAUAUUUUGUUGGAUUCAGACUUUGAGCCUCAUGUCUCAGACUUUGGCAUUAGUAGAUUUUUAAAGCCUGAUUCAUCCCUUUGGACAGCUCUUGCAGGGACAUUUGGAUAUUUUGCACCAGAACUUGCUUACACAAUGAGGGUGACUGAAAAAUGUGAUGUCUAUAGUUUUGGUGUAGUAACAUUUGAAGUGAUAAUGGGAAAGCAUCCAGGAGAACUCAUCUCCACUUUUCCAUCAUUAUCCUCUUCAGGAUUAUCAUCAAUUGAGGAAAACAUAUUAUUGAAAGAUAUGGUUGACCAGCGCAUCUCACCUCCUAUAAAUCAAGUUGCUGAGAAGUUGGCUUCAAUUAUGAAGCUUGCAUUUUCUUGUUUGUGUGAAAAUCCAAAUUCUCGACCAACCAUGCAACAAGUGUCUCAAGAGCUAUCAAUUUGCAGCAUUUCCCAAGGCAACUCCACACAAGAACUUUGUGACAACUAUUGAAUCUCGAGAUGUGAAUUCAGUUCAAGAGAUGAAGAAUUUGUGUGUUGUUUAAGCCUGUUUACCCUUUUCUUUCUUGUGUAUUUGGUAUGUUGUGAAGAAGGCGGUUUGUUUUUCAUGUGUCUUAUACACAUUAUUGUGAAAUCCCUAUUAUUUCCUUGAUAGCCAAAUUAUGAUGAGUUUGUAUGUUUUAUCAUGUCUGUCUUAUUUUUAUUUAUUUAUAAUUUAUGUUUUUUUUUUUUUUUUUUUUUUUUUUUUUUUUUACUAUUCUCAAUUGUGUGUGCAUGUGUUGUGUUUGUUCUAGAUAUAACUUUGAAGGGAAUUAUUUACAUGAAAUUUGUGUUCAUUGUCUGUGAGGGCUGUAAAUUUUUCUACUUACUUCUCGUUGAUCAUUCAAUUUUUACUAUUGAACUAUGUUUGGGUAGGUGCUUCAAUCAUGUUCUGAAUUCAUCUGGAUUAAGGAUCAGACCAUUAGGUUACAAUAUAUGGGCUGAGUUGCAACUGAGCAUAGCAGAAUCUAUGAAGAUCAACUUCCUUAUGCCAAACCUUCUUAACUACCUUUAAAUUAAGAUUUUUUGUUUUUAAAGGAGGUUGGCAACACCAAAUCUUAUCAUGACAAGAUAAUAACCAUUUAAUAAUGGUUUGUUUGACUUACUUAAAGAUAAAAAUCACUUACUAUUAUUCUUAAUAGAUAAUACAUGGUGUAAUCAUUUUUCCCAUCCAAAUGAAAAUGUUAGGAGAAAACAGUAAUUAGACCAGCACGAUCAUUAAGUUCUGGUUAAGCCGUUAAGUCUUUUGAAUAGGAAGUUAAGGUUUCUAGGAUGAGAAAGUAAGUUUAUCUAGUAAUAGAUAUUUUUAGCUUGGUGGGAAAGGGUGAGAAUUCAAUGUAAGAAGAUCUCUUCUUUUUUUUUCAUUUUUUAAAUCAAAGAAGGUGGAGAAGCACCCCCAUCAAGCAAUAUUAUUGAAAAAAAAAACUAAAGAAUUCUUUCCUUCUUUUACAAAACAGGUUGUACAAGAAAGUUAGAUGGAUUGACUAUCACAUUUAGAAAUGAACUAGGGAAGCUCCUCUAGCCAGAACAUGAGCUUUCAGAUUACAUGAUCGAUCGAGGUAUAUAACAGAACAAAAAAAACUCAAAACUACUACACAAAAAGACAAUAUCAGAAGCUAAAGUAUUGGUGGCCCAAUCCAAAGCUGCAUUAGCGUAAUUUAGACAAGAGAUUAACCCAAGAGAGUCAAAACAGCAUUAAAUUUUCCUUAAAUCAAGGCUCCUACCAAGGAGAACUCUAUCUCUAAGAGCUACAGCCUCCAUUGAAAAUGCAGAAGAGCUCCUACUUGGUCUACACUUAGCAGCAACAAAACUCAUAUCUUCAUCAUGAAUAAAGAAUCCCCUGCCACCGCAACCAUGAUGAGAACUUCUAUUUUUCUGAUACCUACUAAGGUAAAUGUAAGAGACUUGAUCCUAGCUAGGUCUUCAAAACAACAAGCCAAGAACUUUACCAAUUGGCACAUUGUAGUUGUGAAAGAAUUCAGAACAGUGUAACCAUAUUCUUUCAAUCUAAAUCAAGUAUAGGAAUGUCAAUAAAAAAGACUUCAAAGUUGAGAGAGAGAGAGAGAGAGAGGAAACAUUUUCAAGAAGUCAAAAUUCCAAAGUACUUUUCAUUUAGGCCAUUGAGUGAAGGCUGGGCCUUAAUUUCUGAGCCUUACAAACAACACAGGCUGUGGGUUUGCAAAGUCUAAGCUAGCCAUGCCAAAAGUUUAAGUGGACGUAGAAAUUGUAGACCAUGGGCUAAAGGCCCAAGUGGGCGCUUCACUCCAUUAAAGCUUUCAAACACUCACAAGCCCAUUAAGAUGACCAGUUAGUUCAUUGGGAGCUCUAAUGACCUUAAUCUGGCUAACCUAACCUACUGUAUGUAUAAAUCCGUUACCAUCAAUCAUUACAUUUUAUCUAAUUAAUUUUCUUGAUCAUCCUUCUACCUUUUGCACAUAGAUUGCAGAUGAAAAAAAAUUUCUUAAGGGUUAUUACAUGCCUAAAUUACUAGUUCCCGGGUAGCAAUGUAAAUACUAAGUGAAUGUGUUAGAUUUUUUUAUUAAUAGUUCUGUAAUUAGUUCAUAAAACUCCUCAAACUAUUUUUAUCAGAAUAUAAACCAUAAGAGGCACUGUUAUCAUAAUGGAUGGAUAUCUCAAUAAAAUGGAAACAAAUCGGACUUCAUGGCAAGGCAUACCUUCACUAAUAUGAUCGGUAAACAAUAAUAUAGUGAUACACAAGCUUCUUUUUUUUUUUUUUUUUUUUUUUU